GUGUAUUCACAAUUAAGGCUUGUUCAGACAUGACGCGACAAAACUGCAGCAGUUUUUAUGAUACACUUUACAUUUCUUACAACACAAAGCUCAGUGAAUAUCCUAGAUUUACACGUUAAAAAAAAAUGAGGAGGCUAUUAUUUUUGUUGCGAUUGAGCGCCAUGUCUGAACAAGCCUUUGCCCUGUUCAUAGUACAACCUGUACAUGUAUCGUUCUGUUCACCCAAUGUGAAGAAGAGAUUGAGAAUGUGACAAGUAUUCAUCACAUGUUGAUGUUUUUGUAGUUAUUGUCUGUUUGAUUGUAAACAUUCCUUAACUGACUAUAUUGAAUUAAAACAGUGAUAUAAGAGUAAAGACAAAAUUAUGUUAAGAAGGUAUUACAAUGUGAGGCUAUACAGGUAUUCUUGAACGUAACAGUAACUUGAAAAUCUUUGGGUUGUACCUAUCGUAUAAUUUCCAGUGCAGACAGUCGUCCCGUAGCGUUUGUCCAACCCCGGGAAUGGCUGCCUUUACCAAACCACUCGCAAGGACGAACGCAAACCAGCAGUACAAAUGCGGCAGGAGAUUCCUGUGCAGCCGCCCGAACAAGUGAUCAAUGAUGAUGAAUUGAUGAGCUUCUCGGUUCGUGAGCUGAACCGUCGGCUUCGGGGCUUGCCUAAGGAUCAAGUGGUACAGCUGAAGCAACGUCGUCGUACCCUGAAGAACAGGGGCUAUGCAGCAAACUGUCGUGAGAAGCGAGUCACUCAGAAAGAAUCUUUAGAAGUGGAACAAGAUAGACUCAAGAUGGAGGUUGAAAAGCUGGCCGUUGAGAAUGCCAGGCAGCGAGAAGCCCUCGACGACCUCCACAGGAAGUACAAAUCCCUUCUCCAUGUCACUGCCAAGAGUGGUCCCGAGAAGAUCAAGGUAUUGUCUGGACCGUUGACUAUCGCUGACCUUAACAAGGACAACACCAUCCCUGGUCCAAGCCACCGACAACAAGAUGGGCCUGUUGCAGGCGUCAUGGUCAAGCAGGAGAUCGUGGAUCAGAGAUUGGGGGAUUAAAAGGAGAUCAUCCCAAUCCAUUUAUGACUUUGUAAAGAUCUAAGUUCAGAGAUAUGGACUCUAUACAACUGCGAUCCUUGUUUGGUAUUUUUCAUCCAUGUACAUGUAGACGUGGUAGAUGAGUAGAUCCAAGGCAGUAGAUCCAAGAUUGGAGAUUAAGAUUAACUCUAAUCCUGAUCCAGUCAUGACUUGGCACAGCAUGAAGGCAAAUGUGGACCGUAUAUGAUUUUGAGAUCAAAGUGGAUUGUAUAUGAAGUGAGUACAAUUAGGUUCUAGCAGACAUCUAAACAAAGACGGAGAUCAGGAUUAGCCUUCUAAUCCUUAUCCAACUAUAUUGUUGCUCAUAGCAGAGAUUUGGAGUCUCCGUUUUACUCACUUAUAUUCCUCUUUAGUCCAAUAUGGUUGUAUGUGGAAGAAGAGACAUACAGCGCCCUAUGAAAGAUUGGGUACACCUCAAAUCAGAACUGAUUUUUCACUAUCACCAACAUUUUAUUCAUUACCAGUGUUGUGGCACUAUAAUUUGGUAUCAAACUUAAGAAGAGUAGUCAUCGGCCUUCAAGUCGACGCCAGUUUGACUAUUGUUAAAUGUUUCGACAUGGCACUAAUAUCCUUUGGCAAGAUAUUAACCUACAUUUGCUAAUCUCCAUCCAGGUGUUAAAAUGGGUACCCGGUAGGAUGCGACCGUCAUUGUUGGUCAAACAGUUUUUGAGCGUCAAGUAAUGCCUGGCUGGAAUGCUCUCCUAGGAGUAGAGAUUGUGCACACAGUUUGUGCGGGCAAGCACUGAAUCCAAUGACUGGGGUAAUAAUAUAUCUGUAAAGCGCUUAGAGACGUCUGAGAUGUAUUAAGUGCUAUAUAAAAGCUGAAUAUUAUAUUAUACUGUUGGUGUAUAGACUGGGAUGAUUUCACAUGAUAUGAUUAAAAUAAAGAUUUGUUUUAUCCAUUUUGAUACAUGUAAAUUUUGCGAGUCAGUGACAAUGCAUGUACAGAGAGGAAGGAGAUAAUAAUAUUACAAAUGUCACACUUUGUGAUAAAACGAUAUGAAUGAGUGUUGAUUAAGCUAAACCGUUAGGUUAACUGUUUGCAAUUAUUUUUGAGUAUGGUAUGUAUUAUGUGUAUAUUUCUGGUUCAUCAGGCAUUGAAUGUCAAAUAGUUUUCUAAAUUGAAAUAAAUUCAAUGAUAUUUCAGUAUUUAGCAUCAUUUUCUUAUUUCUUGCUUCAUGUCAAUUUCAUAACAUGAUUAAAUAUGUGGUGUAUUUGUUAUGUACAGUAACUCCACAAAAGCAAAGAUA